AUGGAAUCAAAUGGAAAUGAUCAAAAUGUGGUUAAAAAUAAAUCUGAAGAAAGCUAUGACGAAAGGGAUUCCAAAUACAAAUCACACAUAGGACGGCAUUCAAAGAAGGGCAACUCCAGAAAAAGAAGUCGAUCAAAAUCGAAUCAACGAAAUUCAUCAAUUGCAAAUAAUCAAGAUGAUUCUAAAAGUGAUAUACAACGAAAAAAAAAAAGUGAUGCAAAAUCAGAGAGCAAUGAAAAUUCGGAACAAGUCGAAUCAGAAAAGUCGAACAAUUCCAGUUCUGAUGAAUAUAAAAAAAGAAGAAGACACAAUAGAGAAAAAAAAGAAAGUCGGAGAAGUAUAGAAAGAGAUAGUAGCCGGGGAAGAUACAACCGACGGGACCGAGAUAUGGAUCGAGAUAGGGACCGAGAUAUGGAUCGAGAUAGGGACCGAGAUAGACGAAGAAAAAGAAGACCAAGACUAAAUAGAAAUAUAUCAUCAUCUCAUGAAAGAUCAAGAUCAAGAGAAAGAAGAAGGAGACGAUUACAAGCAGAAUGUAUAAGAAGAGCAGGGGGUUUUAAAAAAUUAGCAGAUAUGGAAGGGCAUGAAACUACAAAUGUUUUUUGGGAUGGAUUUCAAUGGGUAGCUAAAACGAAUAAUAAUAAUAGUAAUCAGUUAGAUCCAGCUAUUAUGAAUUCAACGAGAAAACUGCGAAGAUUAUACUUUGGAAAUUUACCACUUCAUUUAGGAUUAACUGAAAAUGCAUUUCAAGAAAUUGUAUGGGAUGAAAUGAAAAAAAGGAAAUUUUGUAAUAAUGAAAAUAUCAAUCCUGUUUUAUAUGUUUGGUUUGCUAAAGAUAAAGGAAAUUAUGGUUUUGUUGAAUUUUCAACUGUAGAAGAAACUGAAAAAGCUUUAACAAUGGAUGGUAUGUUAUGUAAAGGGGUUGCAAUAAAAAUAUCACGUCCCAACGAUUAUUCUACAAGUUCAGUUAAGAAUAAUCAAAAUAUAUUAAUGAAUAAACAAAAUGUUAAUUUACUUGCUGCAAUUAGCGCAAACAUACAAACAGGAUUAAAACCUUCGAUAAAUUCUACAGAUACUAAUGUUAUUCUUCCAAAUUAUUCAAAUGGCGAAAUUAGUUUAUAUGGAAAUAAACCACUUCCUCCCCCUGGCUCUCCACCUUUAUCAGUUCUUAAAGAAAUGAAUAAUUCAAAUAUACAAACAAAAUAUUUAAGAGUUUUAGAAAUAGUAUCUCCGGAAUCAAUUAAUGAUGAAUAUUAUGAAUCUAUAUUAGAUGAUAUAAAGGAUGGAUUUCAUAAUCAAGGCAUUAUUAUAAAUGCAGUUUUAAUAAAUCAAGAAUAUUCAAAAAAUACUCCAUUUAAUAUUGGUGAUGUAAUUAUUGAAUUUGAAAAUACAAAUUCUGUCGAGAAUAGUAUUAUUACAAUGUCGAAUAGAAAAUAUGAGGGAAAACCAAUACGUAUGACUAAGUUGGAUGAAAAUACAUAUAAUACAUAUAUAACUCCAAUAAUUGAAAAAAUAUAUGAUAGAAAAAAUUGA